CAACUGUUUCGGACGCGCUCUGCGCGCUCACCAACCGACUUCACUCCUGAUACAGCAUUAACACGCACUUGGCGAGCGCUCGCGCUGAGAUGUUGGCAGGUGCGUUAGCGUUGAGUGUCAUCCUUGCUGCUUUGCCAGGUUGUCUAGGAAGGUGGAGCGUGACCUUCUCGCGUAGGGACAUCUGCGUUUGGGCCGGGACCACCGUCACACUACCCUGUCGCUAUGACUACCCGUCGGGUCACACAGUGAGGCGGGUCACGUGGUUCCGUGUGUCGGCGGAGGGCAAGAGGGAGUUGGCCUACCACUCAGACCCCUCCAUGAUUAGCUUGUCGUACCGUGGACGCAUACGCUACACGGGCAGCCAGAGAAGCUGUGGCGUCCAGAUCACGGGCGUGAAGCUGAGCGAUGGCGGCCAGUACCACUUCAGGUUUGAGACAGACCACCCCCAGGGACGCUGGACCUCCCCUGACACAGUCACUCUGUCCGUCACAGACCUCCAGGUUCAGGUGCACCCAGCCAGGACAGCCAACAUGUUUGCCCAGGGUGAGACAGUGUACCUUGGCUGCCAAGCACGAGGAUGCGGGGCGCCAGGCCGGACCCUGGCUCUCUAUAGGAACGGUCUCAACCUGGGCUCGCCUGACCGUUGGAUCACUGUCUAUAACUUUGACAGCCAGCACGCCGGCACCUACACCUGCCGGCCAAUCCCACCACAGAACGUCCAGUCCCCGCCACUGGUCCUGGCAAUGGGAUAUGCCCCCCGCUCCACGUAUGUGGUGGUCAAUCCUGGGGGGCCGGUGUCAGAGGGGGAGUCAGUGACCCUGACUUGCAGCAGUAACGCCGCCCCUCCCGUGGAGAGCUUCGCCUGGUUCAAAGACCAGGAGAGUGGCAGCAUCCCGGACAGCUUCAGUCCCCAGCUCCUCCUGCCCAGGGUGGCACACACCGACCACGGGGAGUACUCAUGCGUGGCACGCAACCCUCUGGGCACCGAGCGCUCCAAAGCGGUCCUGCUCAGCGUCAGCUAUUCCCCAAAGGGCACCAGGGUUCUUUUCAGCCCUCAAGGUGACAUCAGAGAGGGCUCCCCUGUCAACCUGAGCUGUAGCAGCCAAGCCCGGCCCCCUGUGGACCGCUGGGCCUGGUACAGGGUGCUGGGGGACCAGGUCUGGGCCAAGGGAGCCAGCCAGAACCUGUCCUUCCUCAGUGUGCGCUCCCACCACGCUGGGCAGUACUACUGUACCACCUGGAAUCGCCUGGGGCACCUCACCUCCCCGUUUGCCUCCCUCACUGUGCUCUACCCUCCUAAGAACACGUCCGUGCUGGCCCGUCCCUCCGGUGUGGUGGAUGCGGGUCGGCCCCUCACGCUGACCUGCAGCAGCCAGGCCAAUCCUGCUGUGGAUAACUUCACCUGGCACCGCCUGGGCUCUGCACAGGCCUGGGGAACCCGAUCAGGCUCCAGCUACACCUUCCAUGAGGUUGGCCCCGGGGAGAGCGGACAGUACUACUGCGAGGCCCGGAACCGCAUCGGAACCCACAGCUCACCCAUCCUCACUGUCAGGGUCAGAGGCCGUCUGAAGGUCAUAGCCCUCGCAUCGGCAGUGGGUGUAUCCGCAGGACUCAUUACUCUCACCGUGGCGAUCAUGAUCAGUAAAAACAUGCACCGUGUAGACAUGGAGUCUCCAGACGAAAUCAAAAAGAGAGCAUCUGUGACAGGUGACACCCUUUUCCAGGAGUCUGUCCAGCAGACGUUUCAUCUCAGGCAAAGCAACAUGUCAGACAUCCCGGAAGAGCCAGAGGAGUUCUGUGAGACUUCCCAUCCCGCCAUUGUUCCCUUGAAAGAUGCUCCACCCAUCACAGAAGCAGAAAGCUCUGCCCUCAACUACAUUACUGUACACUAUUCUAGAAAACCCAGUCUGGAUCAGGUGCAGGUCACAAAGCCUAAAGCUAAUCUACCACUGGAGGGAGACAGAGGUUCCAAGGAUUCUACAAAAGUUGUUUACACUGUCCUGGCACGGCCUCACCAAUAGAGGGCAGCAGAGGAGAAUUAAGAGCACCUGACCAAAGAGGAACCAGCAGCAUCACUCCCUUCUAUCCCACCGCCACAGAAGAUUGGAAGCCUCCUCCCACACAUACAUAUAGACACACACUCAAACAACUAAACAUGUUGACCUACUACGUCUAAUUUACUGUCAGUAGAGUUUAAUUGUCUGUAGCAGCUUAAAGAACACAGCAACUGUAGCUUUACCUCAGUCUAGCCCACUGUAAUUCUGUCAAAUGUGUUGAUGAGUCAAGGCUUUGGCUGCAUGUCCAUUGAUAGCAUGAAAUGUUAGCCACACAUCCCUCAGUACCUGCAUAUAGAUUGGAAAAUAGAUAGUUGGAACAGCACAGAGGAUGAGGAAGACAGUCGUGUUUGUCUUAUGGUACUAAAACAGAUAUGUAUGGAAUCUGUUAUUGAACUCAUGAUCCAGUGAUUAUGAAAAUACUCCAGCCUGCUAUUGGUUAAAUAAAGUUUAUAAAGUAAGAUGCUGUUGAUAU